GUGAAUAGCCGGAACUGUAAAGGGGAAAAGUCGAAAAAGAGCCGCCUUUCUUUUGCCUUUUCUCUGCAUUGACCUACCAAAAUCUGUUAAUAAUCCUACUCAUACACUGCAUUGACCUGCAAUCACUUAAUCGAACUACUCAUACACUAGCUAUUGCUGUUGGGAGAGACUGGGAGAGAGAGAGAACGAGAUUCGGGAGAGGGAGAGAGAGAGAAAGGAUGUACGUGGUGCCUCCGCCUAAAACUACAUCGGAAUUAAACGACGACGGAUCCGCCCCCCUCCGUGCUUAUCAGGCAUGGAAAGGAAGCAAUGUUUUUCUUCUUCAGGGGAGGUUGAUUUUUGGACCAGAUAUAAGAUCAAUCUUCCUAACAAUAUUUCUUAUAGCAGUUCCUGCUGGUGUUUUUUGUGGCUUUAUUGGCAGAAAACUAAUGGAUGAAUAUUCUGAUAGUUUUGGAAUCUGGAUUGUUGUUGUUACUGUGCUGUUCACAAUUUAUGUGCUGGUGCUUCUUCUACUUACUUCUGGAAGAGAUCCUGGUAUUGUUCCUCGCAAUGCACACCCUCCGGAGCCAGAAAACUAUGAUGGGACCAACGUGGUUGGGGGUGGACAAACUCCAGGACUACGUUUGCCUCGCAUUAAAGAUGUAGUUGUCAACGGUAUAACUGUGAAAGUCAAAUAUUGUGAUACCUGCAUGCUUUAUAGACCUCCUCGGUGUUCACAUUGCUCAAUAUGCAACAACUGCGUGGAGCGGUUUGACCAUCACUGCCCUUGGGUUGGACAAUGUAUUGGAUUGCGGAACUACCGUUUCUUCUUCAUGUUUGUCUCUUCAGCAACGCUGCUUUGCGUGUAUGUCUUUGGUAUUUGUUGGGUCUUCAUUUUAAGAGUGAAGGAUAGGGAGAAUACAUCCAUCUGGAAGGCAAUGACUAAUUACCCUGCAUCCAUUGUGUUAAUAAUAUACACAUUCAUUGCAGUCUGGUUUGUUGGGGGUCUUACAGUUUUCCAUCUUUAUCUAAUCAGUACAAACCAGUCAACCUAUGAAAAUUUUAGAUACCGAUAUGAUCGACGAGACAAUCCAUAUAACAGAGGGAUUGUUGAGAACUUCAAGGAGGUAUUUUUUACUAGCAUUCCUGUAUCUAAGAACAAAUUUAGGGCGAAAGUGCAGAAAGAGCCUGGUAUCCCACCUAGGUCACUCAGUGUAGGUUUCGUUAGCCCAAACUUAGAGAAAACCAUGGGAGAUGUAGAAGCAGGGAGGAAACCAGUUUGGGAUGACACCGCAACAGGGCCAAGUGAAAUCGAAAGAGAACUCAGUAAUAAUGAUGGUGUGAAUAGGGGAGGUGCAGAGGCCUCACAGGACUUGAGCAGAAUAAUUGACGUGGAAGGAACAGAAGGCCGAAGCAUUCUACAUCCUAGACGAUCUAGUUGGGGAAGGAGAAGUGGAACUCUAAAUAUUCCACCUGAUGUAGUUGCUAUGGCAUCCGGGGAAUCAAAUCGAGUGACUGACAGUAAAGACAAGAACUUGACAGGAGGGGACUGGCAAUGACGAACCAGUCACAAGCUAUAGAAUCACCAGGUAGAAAAAGGCCCAAUAGCAGUGGGCAAAGAUCAAAAACUAGAAUUUUUUUUUUUAAUGAUUGAGUAGGCUAUGGUGAGAUUGAACCUAGGGUGUGCUGUUUUGUGUAUAUUUCUUUUUCAUGGUGCUUGGAGCAAUUACUUUCUUUUUUGCAAAUGAAAUUAAUGUCUGCGACAUUAAUUUAUUUUAUUAGAAAUUGUAAUAUAUGGAAAUUAAUAUUGUAAAAUGAUUAGAUGGUCGCAUAUUUCUGCUUCAACUA